AUGAUCUGGCUUCGAUAUUUUAUUUGUAUCCUUUUAUUUUCAUACUCUUAUACGGUGUUGAUACGAAAUCCUGAGGUACUCAGUCGGGAUCUGGAACGGAAUGAGAAGGAACGACUCUUGGAGAAGUUCUUAAUGGACGCUAAUAGUCAUUUGAUGCAGAACUGCCCUAGCCGACAAACAAGCAUCAUCGCUCCAAAGGAUCAGCUUCUAAGGGAUGCGACCCAGAUUUUCAAGAGCAGACCCUUCUUUGUCGGCACCAAUUCUGAGGUUAUCGUUCAAUCGCUUGAAUAUGCAGAGGAGAACUGCGUCUUCGUCUUUGUCGAUACAAUCGAUUACGAUUACUUGUCAACAACAUUUAGCCACCUACCGAGCAAUUACGACACCAAAGUACACAUCACAUCGACAACCCAUGUACCAGUCGAUGAAGUAAAUAAUAUCUUCAAUUUGAUGUAUGAGAAAUCAUUUGAAAACGUCAUAUUUACUUUUCUGGAUCACAACGUAUUCAAAGCGUUCCAAGCGUUUUAUUACACGACGCAUUGCAGAAGAGAAAUAAGAAUAUCAUAUGUUUGGCGUCACAACAGUGGACUUGAAAAGUACUAUUACCAUGACCAUUAUCCGCGAAAUUUAAACAAGUGUUCAGUUCCUAUUUCGACGCUGCCCACAAGGGACAGUAUCACUAUUCGUGAAUAUUCAAACGGCACUCUACGUAUUUUAGGUGGUCUUGAAGGAAAUUUAAUAUUAAUGUUUGCCGAGAAACUCAAUUUCACUGCUGCUGUUAAGUAUCCUGAGAUACGAGUGCGCUAUGGUACAAUGAAUGAUAAUACUACCUUCGGGUUGGUGGGUGAUAUUGCAAAUAUAAAAUCAAAGAUAGCAAUCGGAAAAUUGAUGUGGAGUGUGAAAAGACGUGCACUUAGCGACGCCACGGCAAGUUAUAAUCACGAGUGUGUAGUGUGGACGAUUCCGAUUAUAACUGCUGCUUCCACGGGAGGUGUCCUUUAUUCGGAAUUCCACGAGUAUCCGUGGGCCGCCAUUCUGAUGUCUAUUAUAUUCAGCUGCUUCUUUAUCCAUAGUAUAUCUAGAAUUACAUCAGGUGACCGCGAAAAAAAAACCUUUAUCGAAGUCACAUUAGACGUAAUAUGCUCCACCCUUGGAAUUCCACUUCACCGUGUACCGGGUAUUCAACCAGCAAAAAUCUAUUACUUUUUAUAUAUCUUUUACGCAAUGGUAGUGACAGUCGCGUACAGGACGUCUUUGGCCUCCAUAUUGGUCGUGAGGAAUAACGUGCAGCUUAUAAAGAGCGUCGAAGAUAUUAUUAGAUUGGGGUUAAUUCCAGGAGGAAACAACAAUACGCUGUUCUUGUUAAAGGAUCAACAAAAAGAAAAUUCUUACAUGUCUUAUGUGAUAAAGCAUUAUGAAGUUAUUCCGGACCUUGCAGAUGCACUGGAUAGGAUUAAGCAAAAAAAAGAUUUGGCAUAUAUCAAACACCUUUCGACACUCCAAUAUUACAAGCGAAAUUUAACCUUAUCCGGAGAAGAAAUACAUUUCGACUGGCUGGAUUACUGCAUUUUAUCGUACCAUUCUGUAGUUCUGGUUGUAAAGGGUUCAGCAUUGACUAAAGAAUUAAGUCGUAUUAUCAUAAGAUUGAAGGAGUCUGGAUUUAUCCAGUUAUGGAAUAGUGCAAAUGGAAAGGUCGAUACUCGAAAUACGUAUGUGAUUAAUACGAAAACAGAAAAGCUCACAUUGCCACAACUGCAGUCAAUAUUUCUAUUUUACAUAUCGGGCAUAGUAUUGUCCGUGGUGACUGUAAUUUUGGAGAUAAUAUUUCAUACAUUUUUCAGACAACGUCAAAUGACACACUAAUUGAAUAUUUAAAUUACACUUUAAAGUUUAUGUCAUAACCACGCAGUACCUGCUGCUUGGAACGUACCUAAUCAUUUACAAUAUUUCGAUAGAUUUUUCUGUUGUACUAAAAUUAAGCUUUCUGAUUAUGUAAGGAUGGAUGUUUAUGUUUCUUAAUCAUUUAAAAGAGAUAUAUCCAGUUAAAAUCGUCAUUUUGAAUUAACAAUUCGGCUAUCAAUUACAAGUGGUCAACCAAUUAUUGAACUAGAUGAAUUCUUCCUUAACAACAAAUACAUGUCUGUCAUAUAAGUAAUGCUUGACUUUUUGCGUAAUAACCACCAGUCGGUUACAAAAGAGACUGAUUGUGAGACAAAAAACAGUUCCCGAUUAGAGAUUUUUUAGAGAGUAACUACAGACUCUGGAUCCCAUGAUGUCCUGGUGACGCCGAUCACAAUCAAAAUGCUGGAGUCUGACUCUCCCUGGAAAUUUCUACAGACAUUCGAUAUCGUAUACUUACGGCGAACUGUGACUGAUUACAUAAGGUGUUCCGCCAUGAAAAAAGUAACCAUUGUCAGUAAUUGAGUCUGUAUCGUAAGAUUGGAAAGUAAUAACAAAAAG